GUAAAAUGCCAAAGACCAAGAAUUCAAAGAAAGAAGCUAAGCUUUCAAAGAAAGAGCUUAAAGCCAAGGCUAAAGCCCAAGAGGUUGAAGAGUCUUCUGAUAGCGAUAGCGAUAGCAUUGUUGAGGAACCUGUCAAGACUAAGAAGACCAAGAAAACACCAGUUGUCUCAAAGAAGGUUGCCAAGAAAGCCCAGCCCUCAUCAAGCGAUAGUGACUCAUCUGACAGUGAUGAAGCUCCAGCUGCUGGAAAGAAGAGAAAGCCAGACACAGUUAAAGCCACUACUAAGAAAACUAAAGUAGAGGAGAGCCUUAGCAGUGAUGAAUCUGAUAGUGAAAAUGUAGAUGUUGUUGCUCAACCUUCAAAGAAGGCCUCUAAGAAAGCUGUUCCAGCUAAGAAGGAGUCUAGCGAUUCCGACUCUGACUCAUCUGAAGAAGAAGUCAAAGCACCAAAGAAGGUAGCAAAGAAGGCCAAGAAGGCUGCUCCAGUAAAGGAGUCUAGUGACUCUGACUCAUCUGAUGAGGAGGAAGCUCCAAAGAAGGAGACCAAUGCAAAGGAAGAAGCUAGCGACUCUGCCUCAGACUCUUCUGAGGAAGCUCCAGCAGCUAAGAAGGAAGCUGCCAUUGAGUCUAGCUCUGCUACUGAAGAUAAACCUGAAAAGGAAGGAGAUGCUGAGAUGGAGGGAGAAGAAGAGAAAGAAGACACUUCAGCUCAGGGCCCAACUGAACUCUUUGUUGGAAAUCUCUCUUGGAAUGUUGAUGAUAGCUAUUUGGAAGAGACCUUCUCUCAAUAUGGAGAAAUCACCAAAGCCAGAGUGCUUAUGAGAGAUGGAAGAUCUCAAGGAAUUGGAUUUGUUGAAUUUACUACCCAUGAGUCUGCUAAAAAUGCUCUUGAACAAACUAACGAAGCUGAGCUUGACGGAAGACAAAUGAGAGUUAAUUUCUCUGCAGAUAAACCCCAAAGGAACCAACAGCGUCAGUCAAACCCAGAUGCUGAAGGAUCUACCUGUAUCUUUAUUGGUAAUGUUGGGUUCAACACUACCAAAGAAACACUUUGGGAUUUCUUUUCUAGCUAUGGUAGCAUCACUGACUUGAGAGUAGCUCAUGACCGUGAAGGUAACCCAAGAGGGUUCGCUCAUUGUGAGUUCUCCACUCCUGAAGAAGCCAAGGCUUCCUUGGCUGCUGCUGGAGAGCAAGUAGAAGGCAGAGCCUUGAGAAUUGAUCUCAGCGCCCCAAGGAACAACAAUGGAGGAGAUAGAGGUAGCUACGGUGGUGGCAGAGGUGGCUUCGGUGGAGGCAGAGGUGGCUUCGGUGGAGGCAGAGGCGGCUUCGGCGGCGGCAGAGGCAGAGGAGGCUUCGGUGGAAGAGGCAGAGGUGGCUUCGGAGAUAGAGGAGGUCGCGGACGCGGUGGAAGAGGCGGCCGUGGCAGAGGUGGAUUUGGAAAACCACCAGCUGGAAGAGGAAACAUUGCUGAAUUCCAAGGAAAUAAAAUGAAGUUCUAAUUAAUUCUUAAUGGAGCAUAUUUUCUUUA